UAGAGUUUAAAAACUGGGCUCUAAUUGGGUUUUAAUUGUAGUGUAGUUUCGAGCGAGUCACACGUCCUCCACUAUGCCCUUAGGACUAAUGACAUAGCAAUUGGCCAAUGCGACACUAAGCCUCAUAGUCUUUAGUUCACCUAUGUCUAGCAUAUUGAAAUGCUUAAAUGGCAUCACAUUCAUGCUCGCCCCUAAGUCCUCCAAGGAAUUUUCUAUGUGAUGAGUACCGAUGCAAAGAGGUAUGGUGAUACUACCUGGAUCAGGUUCCUUCUUAGGCAACCUGUUGAGGAUGAAGGCUGAGCACUCCUCGCCUAUGGUAUCAUUGGCGAGCUCUUCUAACUUCAGCUUCUUGGAGAGAAUCCCCUUGAGUUAUUAUGAAUACCUUGGCAUGUGGGCCGUUGCUUCAAGGAAGGGAAUGUUGAGGUGGAGCUUUUGGAGCCUCUACAUGAAACCUCCACAUUCCGCUUCCAAUCUUUCCUUGUGCACCCUAGUGGGAAAAGGUAGGGGUGGCGUGUACUCAGUCACAGGUGGUGGUGUUGGCGAUGCCUUCUUCGCCACUCCACUCUUUUCUCCCAAGGUUUAUUCUUCUCCGCCCUCGGGUAGAGGGUUUUCCUUCUCAUCCACUUCCUUGGCAACUACCUAUGGAGUCACCUUCCCACUUCUCAAAUGAAUUGCAUACAGCCCAGCAUGAUCCUUGGGGUUUGUAAUGGUUUGAGAGGGUAGGGUUCCCUUUGGUCUCACGGUGAGGAUCCCAACAAGAUUGCCGAUUUGCACUUCUAAGUUCUAUAGACUUUCUAGAUGACUUCGGAGUCCCGACUCAACCGAGGUAAACUUGGAGGUUGCCACAUCCAUGAAUUGCUCAAUCUUCUCGAACUUUUGAGAACUUGUACUCACAAAGGUGGUCACAAGGUCUUCAAGUUUAGAGAACUUGUCGACUUGUUGUUGUUCCCUUGACCACCUUGUGCUUGGUACGGUUGUUGGAAGUUCAAGUUUUGGAAUUGAGGCCUUUGCUGGAUGAAAGUUGGUCGAGGUUGAUAUUUUCCCGUUGGACCUUGGAAUCCGGGAGGUCUUGGAUUGGUAGGGGAAGACCAAGCAAAGUUUGGAUGAUUGCGCCACCCGGGAUUCUAGGUGUUGAGUGAACUAGAAGAUGAUAUCCUUCCUUUGUGUCAUUUUGCGUGCAGGAGAUCAAUCUUAGAGAAAGGCCUACAUAUCACUUACCGGAGCACAGAAAUCCUCCACGUUUUGGAAACCUAGCAACAUGGGUAAGACCGUGAAAUCUACAUCCCGAUUGAAUCCUUCAUCGUCAAAGCAUCAUGUUAGUCAAAGUUUCAUCCAAUCCAUUCUAUUUAAGUUUUUGUGCUACUUAAUUCUUAUACGACGGUAUUCUCUGUUUGAAGUCACCGGCAAAAUAUGUAUAUCCAGAGAAGAGAGCCAAACUUUAGGAGGUUGUACUCUCCCCAUCCACGCGCGGUGCUGACAUCAUCAUUAUUACCAACGAUGACGAACUAGAGGUGAUCCAGAAACCUAGUGGAAAAGGGAAAGCUUAGAUUGGAUUAAACAAGGAUGUAGAUAGAAUGGUUAUCAUUAUUUUUGUAUAGUUCUCGACCACAACGUUUUCAUUUGUAGAGAUAUUCAAUUCUUACCAACGAUGACGAACUAGAGGUGAUCCAGAAACCUAGUGGAAAAGGGAAAGCUUAGAUUGGAUUAAACAAGGAUAUAGAUAGAAGGGUUAUCAUUAUUUUUGUAUAGUUCUCGACCACAACGUUUUCAUUUGUAGAGAUAUUCAAUUCUUACCCUUGUUUUCGCAGUUCGUUCUGAAAUUCAAGCUCCAGUCUACCACAAGACAAGAUAUUGGAACAAACCUUCCACAACAUGUUAACCAAGAAGGUUUUGUGGACCUUAUGUCCCCACUCGUUUGUGGAUGGUGAUGUAAGUUAUUAUGGUUUCUCAACAUUUGCUAACUCGUUUGAACCAUUUACGUAGAAAAUUAAUUGUUCAUACUUUGUUGUGUCAUAGAUUAUUACGGUUAUGUCCGCUCUCUCAACCGUGGAACAAGUGUGGUUGGAUGGCGAUAGAAGAAAAGGAAUAUGCUACUUGCCAGCUGACCUUAAGGUACACUAGGAGUAAUGUUGUAAUGGUUACUUAUGAUUGUCCACGUUUGGUCUAGUUAGUUAGGUUUUCGGUAUGCUUUGUGUAUGUUCUGGUGCUAUAUCUAUGCCUUAUGGCUUACAACCUAUUUGCUAUGAAUUUAAUACAACUUUCAUCUGAAUUUGAGGAAUGUUAAUUGUUUGACGUAUAACUUGGAGCAUGCUUCCUAUUAUGGCUUGUAACUGAAGAAGGCGUUACAGCUGUAUGACACCACCUUUCUAUCGCGAGCAGACAUGAGCGAUAAGCUGGUUUAUUUUUAUCCCUUGGUCUCCGCUGAAGGCCUAGUGUACCAAUAUGUAUUUGUUGAAUUAAGCAUUGAAUGUUUGGUCAUGUGUAGAUACUUCUUCCGACGAGGGAAAGGCUGCCUGAUGGUAAGCUACACUGGUAUCUAGCUAUCAUUUUAAUCACGGAGCAAGAUGUCCAUAUCCUUGAUCCAAGUCAAUCUUAGGAGCGGAAGGCAGUAUGUCAGAGAGCUGUUGAAAGAAUGGUGGAGUUAUUAAAUUGUGUGUGGUUCU